UGGUUCCGACCUCGGAUACCUCGUUCCUCCGUUCCCCUAGAAACACAUGCGUAAUUUUGGUAUAAUAUUUCAUCACACCCAAAAAGAGUAAUUAUAUUGAAUUAUAUAAUCAUGCCCCGGAUUAUAUAUUUUGGACAACCUACAACAAUUCAAAUUCAGAAGCCACUCAAACUACUGUUGAUCUAUCAUCAUGCCUCCCGUUCCUCGAUCACCUGUCAGAUUGGCUGUUCUUGAUGAUUAUCAAGGAGUUGCCUUGAAGCAUUUUGAAUCACUCAAACCUACCGUUGAAAUCACCACCUUCCCGGAUACUCUCUUACCCUAUGAUGGCCCUUUAACUCCUGAAGAUGUCAAGAGCCAGCUUGUGGAGAGGCUCAAGCCUUUUACAAUCAUCUCAUCUAUGAGAGAACGGACUCCAUUCCCUGCAUCGCUUCUAGAAGAGCUCCCCAAUCUAAAACUUCUCCUCAAUUCAGGAAAUAGGAACAAGGGCAUUGAUAUGGAAGCUGCUAAGAAACAUGGGAUUAGUGUCACUGGUACUUCGGUAAAAUCAAAGAGGGGACCAGACAGCACCACUCAACAUGCUGUUGCGCUGAUUCUGGGUAUUGCAAGGAAUAUCUCCCGGGAUGAUAAAGUAGUUAAGGAAGGCGGCUGGCAAACAACGUUUGCAACAGGAUUGGCUGGAAAGACUCUUGGAACCCUAGGCUUAGGAAAGUUGGGUACAAGUGUAGCCAAAAUUAUGUAUUCAGCGUUUGGUAUGAAAAUAAUAGCAUGGAGCUCAAGUUUGACUCAAGAAGCCGCAGACCAGAAGGCUAGGGACUGUGGCUUUGCUACAGAGGAUGAGGACGGCGAGAAAGUAUUCAAGGUUGUGAGUAAGGAAGAAUUGUUCUCGACGUCGGAUGUAGUCAGCGUGCACCUAGCAUUAGGUGAUCGUUCGAAAGGAAUAGUUGGGGAAAAGGACCUAGAUUUAAUGAAGAAGAGCGCUUUGUUUGUCAAUACGUCGCGUGGACCUCUUGUUCAACAGGAUGCGUUGUUGGAUGCUUUGCAAAAGGGAAAGAUUCGUGGAGCAGCACUAGAUGUCUUUGAUUUGGAACCUUUGCCAGCGGAUAGCCAGUGGAGAAGCAUAAAAUGGGGAGAGAAGGGAAGAAGUCAAGUAUUGUUGAGCCCGCACAUGGGCUAUGUGGAAGAAGAAAAAAUGAAUGAUUGGUAUCAGCAACAGGCUGAGAAUGUUCAGAGAUGGCUUGAGGGGAAAGACUUGAUGGAUAUAUUGGUUUAGCAAUGGGUCUUGCACUCCUUAAUGAAUAUGAUUGAACUAGUGGAACGAAUGCACACAUUUUGCUUAAGGAUGCAGAUAAUUUUUAAAAGUUUGAACAAUGGAAGUGAGGUUAAGAAUUGGUUGUGGAUAACGAGAAUAUU